AUGGACAGCAUUAACAGGAAGCCUUCGUCAUCCACCUCCUCCUCCUCCUCCUCAUCAUCAUCAGCAUCAGCAGCAGCUUCAUCAGCUUCAGCAUCACUACUAUCGCCACAGUCAUCAUUAUCAUCGCCAUCAUCAGUACCAGCAUCGUCAUCAGCAUGCCAGCUUCGAUUUCAAACGGCCACUCUUGAUAUUUACGCUCGCCUAAUAGCUCACCCGACCGUCAGUUGGCCAGUUUUAGUGGAUGGAAAGAAGAGAUGGAUGAAUGAAGGCGGUCCUAGUCAUGAUCUUUUUUCUGGCAGUCUUGAUAGUAGUAACGGUAGCAGCAGAGCUGAUAAUAGUAGCGGUAGAAGUAGUAAUAAUGGUAAUAGUAGUAGUGGUAGUGGUAAUAGCAAUGAUGUCUAUAGUAAGAGUAAGCCGAACGGGUUGGGAAUGCAUAAAACCGGCCUGAAACAACAACAAAAGCAACUGCUACAACAGCAGCAGCAACAACAACAACAAAGUCCUCAAAGUUUGAUAUACAAAGUGCACAGGAAAGCUCUUUAUAGAGUGACGCAUCUUUUAAAAGGUCUCCUGCAGGUUGGGGAUGAAAAUGUCGUUAAGAUAGAUGUCGGAAGAUCGGACGGUCUUGUGCUUGUUGACGGCUUGAAACCUGGAAGAACUGAAAUCAAAGUCAUUUCAAACAACAACAACAACAACAAAGUACUUGCCACGACCGAAAUCCGCGUCUCCACGGACCGAGUGACGUCAGACAGACUUGAAGGUCAUCUGACGAGUGACAUCAGUGUCAAGGUCAAACAGCAAAUGGACUUCCGCGAGGUUUUGAUUUUAGUCGUCGACAAAAUUCCAGACAUGAGUUCGAACCGGCGCGAAUCCACUCUAGACGUCUGGGUUACUCAAGACGACGAUACCGCAUUACCGAUAAAACUAAUUGAUUCUAGCGAAUAUUCUCUAAAUAUCGACAGUCUUGACGAGUCAGUGGUUCGAGUAGAAGCCGAUCCGAACCGAAUAUCGAGUUUACCGAAAGUAGUUGCUAGAAGUAGCGGUUCUGGCGAUUUGAUUUCGUUGGCUUUGGCGUCCAGCCGCUACUGUGCUGUACAGAAGACGAGGCCCUUGGUAACGGGGCACGCCCAGGUCAAGGUCGUUUCGAUGGAAACUGAUGUUGCCCUGCUGACUCAGAACGAUGGCGAGCAUCUAUUCGAUUAUCCGAGACGAGAAAUCAUUGAGUUGGAUGAGGAGGUGGUUGUCAAGGUUCAAGACUGGGUCUGGAUCGAUAAGAAAACUCUGGAACGCAACGCAGUGGACACCAAAUGCACGAAGGCCCUCAUGUCUCCAGAUGAAUUCAGCAGAGCUUCAAAAGCUAACAGCAGCAGCAGCAGCAGUAGCAGCAACGUCGGCUGCCGUCUUAGCUGCGCAACAGAUUUCAGCAGCGAAACAUCGUGUGCGUCUGCUUUCAACGGCGGUGGCUCCAAAAAUGGCGUCUACAGAGGCUCCGAAUGCAGCGUGAGAAUCGGCGGACCAAUUACAGUCGAUGGUUGUGGCCAGAAGUUAAGCAGCAGCAGCCAAUCAGUGAUUAGGAAUCCGAGCGAGGGUAGAACGCGUUCGCAAGAAUUUGUUGGUGGCAGUAGUGAACAGCUCGUAAAUUUGAUUGACAGCGUUGUCGUUGACAAUGUUGGUGUCGUCGCUGGUAGUAGUGGCAGUGGUGGUUGUGGUGGUGGUGGUAGCUUUGUGAUGGACAACAUGAGCAGCGGAGUAUUGGUGAAUGAUGAUGGUGUUGCUGCUGCUAAUGCUAGCAACAAAAACGGUAUUAGUGGUGAGUGUGGCGUCGAUACGAACGAUUAUGAAGUAGCAGCCACAGAAAGCGACCACCUCGUAAAACAAUGCGCCAUUGAUUCAGACGUCGAGAUGACAGAGUCAGUACGCUGCAAGCCAACCUACCCGACUGUCACCCAUUGUAAGGUGACGAUGAUGCUGGAAGGGGAGUGUCGCUGGGACAAUGGCGUUGGUAGCCACGACAGCAACAACAAUUUCAAUGUCGACAACGCCAGCAGUGAUGCCAACAACAAUAAUACCGCAUUUCCGAAUCAACAACAACAUCAACAACAACAUCAACAACAACAACAACAUCAUCAACAACAUAGAAGAGAGAUGAUAAAUGAGAGAGGGAGAGUAUCCAAUAAGGGGAGUCGUAGUCAUAAAAAAUCUCGCCACAACAAGACAAUCAGCAACAACAACAACAAUAAUAUAAUUCAAAAUGAUAUCCCAAAAAAAAAUCUAAUUAACCGCCAAAAGGAUUUUGUUUUUGAGAAGGACGAUGAUGACGUCAGCAAUGAAAACAACAACAAUAAAAACAAUAAUAGUAAUAAUGAAAAUGAUCGUGUCGUUGUAAAGAAAAGUCGCGGCGAUGGAAAUAUGUCCCAAGAUGCAGAUGCAGACGCUCCAGCAGCUUUCUUUACCACAAAAGGACCACCACGGCCAGCAACAACACCAACAACAUCUAAAGAACCAUCAACAGCAGAGUUUGCCAACGACAACAUCAGAAAUGGCGGCUGUUGCAGCGACUACAGCAGCUGCUCCAGCUCCAACUGCAGCGACAACAAAGAACGAAAAAUUUUUAUUCGAUAA